AUGCCCAAACCGAAGACAUGCCCCUUCCCAGGCUCCCCUCUGUGGCUGGUAUCCGUUGCUCUGAUGGUGCGGUCGGUGAUAUCCUCUUCUUCGACCUACCAGAGACCUGCACCGGGCAGCGGGGGGAAGAGAACGGGGUUCAUGGAGAGGACGCUCAUUUUGCUAGAUGUCAACACCCGCAGUCCGGUUCAAGUUCUAAAUGACAACUUCCUCUCUUUACAGUUGGAUCCGUCGAUUAUAAAGGACGGGUGGCUGGACUUUCUGAGGUAGAUUUCCUUCCCACUCUGUCUGCUUUAUCGACUUCUUCAUAUUCGUCGUUAUUCUCAUGUUUGGAUCAAAUGCAUUGUUUUUGGUUUGUAGGUCUCUGUUGAGUAUGAUCGGAUUUAGUUAUCUAGACGAAUGUUCUUUAACAAUAUUAUGAUAUCAGGGAAUCGUUAAACCAUUUCAUAAAGUCGGUUGAUGCCGAUUUGUGCCUCUGGCCGUUGUUUAGGUGACAUUAGAUAUGGGGUAGGCUAGCCUAUAUGGAGUGGCCUAAAGAUUGUAGUGUCGGUCUAACUUCAUAAUUAUGUCGUCGAGCUUUAACAAUUGGUGUGUAUACUAGUAGACUAUUUUCUAAUUAAGCAAUAAGGCACGAGGGGGUGUGGUAUAUGGCCAAUAUACCAAGGCUAAGGGCUGUUCUUAUGUAGGAUGCAACGCAGAGUUCCUGGAUACAGCCCUUAGCCAUGGUAUGUUGGCCAUAUACCACAAACUCCCGAGGUGCCUUAUUGCUAUUAUAAACUGGUUACCAACUUAAUUAGAGCAGUAACAAUAAAUGUUUUGUCAUACACAUGGUAUAUGGUCUGAUAUACCAUGGCUGUCUGCCAAUCAGCAUUCAUGGCUCGAACCACCCAGUUUAUAAUUUCAGUUGAGACACCUUUUGACGCAUCAUUCUCGUGUUGCAUGCAUGCAUCAGCGUACACAGUAUGUAGCCUAAUUUAUAAACAUCUCUUUAACAUAGUGGUGUUAAUAAUAGGCCUACAUAUAUAAUACCACUGUCUUAGUGUCAAUGUUUCUGUGUUCUACACAAUGUUAAUACUGAGAGAGAGAGGAACGAGAAUGAGAGGCAAAGAGGUGAUGUGAGCUCAUAAUAUAUAGUUAAUGUUGCAUGUUGGGUAUGGAAGGGACUAGUUUACAUUGGUAGAAGUAGGCCUACAUGGAGCACAUGAGGCUCGCCGAAGAAUUUCCGUAAACAGAGGUUUCUUAUUUCCAAUGAAACGUCCACUGUUAUUGUUUGGGAGGAGAGAAAGGAGUCAUGGCAUUUUACAAGUGCAAUGGAGUAUCAGCGUUUACUACUCGAUAUCGACAUGUUUGUAAUAAUGAAAAACAGUCUGAAUGGCUUCUCAGAUAUUAUAGUAUCACCGCAUGUGGCGCCCUGGAAGUAAACUUUUACCAGUCAUUGGAGAAGUUUGUGGUCAGGAUUUAUGGAUACUAAUCAUCACAAUAAUAUAAUAAUAUACUUAAUGUUCAUAAUAUUCAUAAUAACAAUAAUGCACUAUGUGAUCAAUCAAUUAACCUUUUAACAAUACAUACACAUUUUUUGCUUUACUUUGGUUCAUACUUUUCAACAAUUUCCUAUAUGUCUGUAGGCUAUUCACUGACAAUUUCAAGGCUAAUUUUCUACAAUGUUUUCCCCAUAUUUAUUUUCUUUAAAUUUAGUGGUCAAGUUCAUAUAAAGCGUUAUUUGACUAAACAUUGAAACCAUGCCUACUGAUCGUCAGAUCUGAUAACCCAGCGCUCAAGCACACCGAGGCCAUACUAUACCAUAAAUUCGUUUUUUUGGUAGGUCGGUGGAUUUGAGCGACAUAAAUAGGAAAUUAUUAUAAUACAAAGUUAGGCGAUUUAACUUCUACAAUAGUCUAUAAUUGUCAUAAAAAUGGCACUUUAUUCAAGUCUGCAUGAAUCGGCUAAAAUGAUCACAACAUGGAAUGUGUCUGACUAUAUUCUGCCUUGAACAUAACAUUAAAGCUACAGUACAAUUUCCAGUCAUUUCAAUUAAUGGGAAAUAUUCCCUUAAUUUUAAAGAAUGUGACUUAUAAAUAGGCCUACUACAAAACUGUUCUUUUGCUCCAUAUUUUUGGUCAAAUGAGACUUUGUAAACAAAUAAUGACUAGAUUCAAAUCAAAGUUUAAAAAGUAGGCUAAUGUUGCUCUCAUGGAAUGCCAUUCCUUGACUACUACAGAAAGCAUGUGCUAUUGGCAUAUGAUGUAUUAGUUUGCUCCAUUGUUUUGUUGGUGGUCCACUCUUGAUGAUAUGCACAAAUUACAGUGUGGCUUUGGUCGAAAAGUAUAAUAUUUCUGUUGUUUAUUCUGUGUCCAGUCUGGUAACACUACAGUAGAGUGGAAUACUUAACCGCAAAAUAUUUUUCUAAUCCAGAGCUGUGGGACAUAUUAUUCCUAGCUGGCUAACAGCGGCACUGAGAGGGUCAUAAAAGGCCUGUUGUAAUGGAAAAGCUGUCAUGUCCUGUAAGACCAUUAUGUAAAUACUAGUAGGGUUCACUAGCUUUUCUCUCAAGUGAAACCAAUAGGUGAGAGGGAUAGUCAUAAGUGUUUUGAAAGUCCAGUCUGGAAAGCUUUGUCAGUAAUCUGCUAAUACUGUAGUGUAGAACAUGGUUUUAUUAUUCUGGGCACACUAGUGUCACCAUCAUAAAAUGUUGCCUUGUGACAUCUAAAAACACUAAAACCUACUCUCUGUAUGAAUUAAAUUGGCUGCAUGUCUAGUUUUCUUUUGCUGAAUCCGAAUGCACAGGGCAAUCAAGAAAUAUCACAUGUGAAUAAAGCUGUCAUUGUUUUAUUACUUGAGUUUUAUUUUUUUUGUCUUGUGAAAGUGGUGCUCAGCCUCUGUUGAGUAGCUUAUGUCACUAGUGCUGGAAAUUGCAAUAUACCCACUACAGGAAUUAUUUUCAAAAUAACACCAGUGUCAAUCAUUUCUUCUCAGAGUUGUGUAUAUACAUACAUAAUCUGAAAUCAAUGAUAAUCAUGUUGGGUUUUUCAUGCAGCUUGUUUUGACACAGAGCCUUUCAAACUGUAAAAUAUUGUUUAAUCAACAGUUCAGAUGUAUUUGUGCACCAUAUUCUUAUCAGAUCUCUGUCUCCCUGUGUAGUUCCAAGCGUUUGGUAACCCUAGCCCGAGGUCUGUCCCCAGCCUAUCUGAGGUUUGGAGGAAAGAGAACUGACUUCCUCCAGUUCCACAACUUGAAGAACCUUGCCAAGUUCAGAGGCCCUGGCCCAGAUUACUACCUAAAAAACUAUGAAGAUGGUGAGUUAGACAUUAUGGAUUUGAUUAUUAAUUUACACAAAUGUUAAACACAGAUUUUGUAUCUUUAUUUCUUGUGUUAUUUUCCCAAUUUGAUUAUAAAAUGUAUUGAGAUGUUUAAAUGUACUUUAGGUACAGUUGAAAUCAUCAAUGUCCAUGUUAAUCAGUAGGCCUAUAUUCUUAUUCUGUAGCAUUCAAUUGAAAUUCAAACAAGCUUUAUUAGCAUGAAAGGAACAAUCCAAUGUUGCCAGAAGUGGUAGGCAAUUAAACUGCAUGACCCGUUCUUGGUCUCUGUGUCCACGCUCAGACAUAGUGCGUAGUGACAUUGCCCUGGACAAGCAGAGGGGCUGUAAGCUGGCCAACCACCCUGACAUGAUGCUGGAGCUGCAGAGAGAGAAGGCAGCUCAGAUGCAGCUCGUCCUCCUCAAAGAGCAGCUCUCCAACAUCUACAGCAACAUCACAAUAACA